GUUUUGGGGGGGAUGGAGGCGAUUGCCAGUCAGAUGGGAACGGGGAGAGACUCAAGCUCCUCCCCGAAUUCAAAGCAAGAGCUGCAGCCCUACUCGGGCUCCAAUCCCCUCAAGCCCAACCAAGUGGGUGAGACCUCCCUGUACGGCGUGCCCAUAGUGUCCCUGGUCAUCGACGGGCAGGAGCGCCUGUGCCUGGCGCAGAUCUCCAACACCCUGCUCAAGAACUACAGCUACAAUGAGAUCCACAACCGGCGGGUGGCGCUGGGCAUCACCUGCGUGCAGUGCACCCCGGUGCAGCUGGAGAUCCUGCGGCGGGCCGGGGCCAUGCCCAUCUCGUCCCGGCGCUGCGGCAUGAUCACCAAGCGGGAGGCGGAGCGGCUCUGCAAGUCCUUCCUGGGCGAGCACAAGCCGCCCAAGCUGCCGGAGAACUUCGCCUUCGACGUGGUCCACGAGUGCGCCUGGGGCUCGCGGGGCAGCUUCAUCCCGGCCCGCUACAACAGCUCCCGGGCCAAGUGCAUCAAGUGCGGCUACUGCAGCAUGUACUUCUCGCCCAACAAGUUCAUCUUCCACUCCCACCGCACGCCGGACUCCAAGUACACGCAGCCCGACGCCGCCAACUUCAACUCCUGGCGCCGCCACCUCAAGUUGAGCGACAAGACGGCCACGGACGAGCUGAGCCACGCCUGGGAGGAUGUCAAGGCCAUGUUCAACGGCGGCACCCGCAAGCGGACCUUCUCCCUGCACGGGGCGGCCGCCGCCUCCUCGGCCGCCAAGGCCGCCCUGCACCCGCCGCCGCCCGGCGGAACCGAGCUCGCCCCGGUGCACAAGAGUCUACGCUGCAGCGGCGAGGAGGCGCCCGGGGAGCGCGGCGCGCUGAGCUUGGCCGGGGCGCACGGCGGGGCGGCCGGGGCGCACGGCGGGGCCGGCGCGGUACGCAGCUACCCGGUCAUCCCGGUGCCCAGCAAAGGCUUCGGUAUGCUGCAGAAGCUGCCGCCGCCGCUCUUCCCGCACCCUUACGGCUUCCCGGCCGCCGCCUUCGGGCUCUGCCCCAAGAAGCAGGACGACUCGCUGGGCGGAGCCGGCGGGGGCGAGCCCGGCAAAGGGGGCGCCCUGCCGCCGGGCAUGUUCUGGGGCCACCCGCACCCCCCACCCGCACCAACCCCAGCAGCCGCCGCACCAGCCGGCGCCGGCAAGGACAGCGGCGUCUACCCGCCCUUCCCCAUGUUCUGGCCGGCCGCCGGCAGCCUGCCCGUGCCGCCCUACCCGGCCCAGAGCCAGGCCAAAGCGGCCGCUACCGCCGUGGUGGUGGCGGCCGCUGCAGCCGCCGCCGCGGCCGCCGCCGACCCGCCGGGCCUGGGCGGCCGCCACAGCGAGCUGGAGGGCUCGGAGCCGUCGGGGAGCGGGCGCAGCAGCGCCACCCCGCAGGAGGGCUCCGGGGCGGACGGCGAGCGCUGCUCCAGCGCCCUCUCCAGGGCGGCCGCCGAGGAGGAGCGGUCCGGGGACGAGGCGCUGCUGCCCCCGCUGCCCCUGCCCAGGAAGGGCAGUUACCUGUCCGCCUUCCGCCCCGUGGUGAAGGACGCGGAGAGCAUCGCCAAGCUCUACGGCACCCGGGAGGCCUACGGUGGGGCGGGCCGGAGCGCGGCCGGCUACCUGUCCCCGGACUUCCUCAGCGAGGGCAGCUCCAGCUACCGCUCCCUCUCGCCCGGCGCCGACACGGCCGACGAGCCCGAGGUGGACGUGGAGUCCAACCGUUUCCCCGAGGACGAGGAGGAGGAGGCGGCCGCCGUCGAGGAGGCGGAGGAGCCGCCGCCUCUGCGAGGAGAAAGCCGGGGAGCAGGGGCCGGAGGAAGGGAACCGGCCGCCGCCCGAGGGGAGCCCGCAGAGGAGCAGCAGCAGAGGCGGCUACGAGGUGGGGGGCUCCGCCGGGGACCCCGCUCCAAGCUGGGCCCUUCCCUACCUAGGGCGCUGCGCUCACGGGCGCGCAGAGACGGUAGCGCCGGGCCUGGGUGCAAGGUCUCAGCCCCCGGGAGAGGCCAGGGCGGCGCAGGCAGGGUCCGGGUCUACACCCAGGAAAGAGAAGACCAUCUGCAGGCUCUGAAGAACGCUGCUUCACUGGGGCCUGCAACCACGUAUCUUUGCAACCCCGAGGCAAAUGAGCAAGAUAAGGACGACAAUCACUCGACAGCAGAGGAUUUAGAGACCAGCAAAUCCUAUCAAGACCAAAGGAAUGUCUCGCAUCCAAGCCCUGUAAAUACCGACAGAGGUGAGGAAGGUCUCAGCAUUGACUUUAUGGGGACCCAACUAGUUGAAAAAGACAUUGAAAAUCUGGCAAGAGACGAAUUGCAAAAAUUGCUCCUGGAGCAAGUGGAGCUUAGGAAGAAAUUAGAACGGGAAUUCCAAAGUCUGAAAGAUAAUUUUCAGGAUCAGAUGAAGAGGGAGCUGGCGUAUAGGGAAGAAAUGGUCCAACAGCUACAAAUCGUCAGAGAUACCCUGUGUAACGAACUGGACCAGGAGAGGAAAGCUCGCUACGCCAUCCAGCAGAAGUUGAAAGAGGCCCACGACGCGCUCCACCACUUCUCCUGCAAAAUGCUCACGCCUCGCCACUGCACGGGGAACUGCUCCUUCAAACCGCCCCUGCUACCCCAAUGAACCCCCCCCCCUUCCCGCCAAAGCCAUGCGACUUCGGAGUGUGAAUAGCCGGCAGCCCCUUGCGCCGCGAAAGGGAAAACCCAGCCACAAGCCAUUUCUAAGGAGACACGUGUAAAUACAGGACUGCGUGGAGCUCUCGGGCUCAGCGUUUCUAGAAGUGUAAAUACAGCUCCUCCAGUCUGCGAAUCCGGGCAGCUGACCGCCAAGGUGUAAACGGACCAAAAGCGAAUUAACAAAACAAAACGCCCCCAGACACGGUCCGCUGUGAAUCGGUUCUAUCCAAGGAAUCCUGCAAGCAACUUUCUCCUUGCUCACUGUCUGCCCCCUUCAUGCCUACCUGUCUGUUCACUUCUUGAAACCCUUGUCUAGACUGGAAAAAGUGGCUAUGUGCAAUGGAUAUAAAUGUACUGUGAUUUCUCUUGGUCCAGUAUUUGUUGACUUUUUAUUUAUUUAUUUAUGAUGUAUAUUUAUUUCCCCUCCACGCUCCCUUGCAAAUGAUGGAUGUGACAGCACUUUAUCGGGCGGUUUGCGACUCACGGUACACCCAAGGAAAGGAGAAAUAAAUAAAAACAACCCUGCCCCUGUUGUGGGGGGAGACAC